AUGCCCCUCCCUCCGUCUCCCCUGAAACUCGCUCACCGCAACCCCUCAAUGAUAGACGAAUCGCCAAUUUCACCAGGAACAGGAGUCAAUGGAUUUUCUCCCCAGAGUCCUCUUGAACCUCAAACGCCGCGGCUUUCUGCACCACCAUCUCCGGUCACUCCGCGCCAAAACCUUCAUACUAUGGCUGGGUCUCAACGUGAAUCGGUCGACUUCUCCGCUGAUGCAGGGGGUGGCGGCCUAGGGAAUCUUGCCGAUGAAUUGGCAGAUGCCUGGGAACAAGAGGACGAGGGCUAUGGCUAUGCAUCAGGGCAGGAGACAGGUGCCGCAGAGUCCCAACCAAUGGAUCACAGUGACGGCGAGGAUGCAUACAUGCAAUCUGUACGCGAUAUGCGCACUCAGUCACCAUCGGCCGAUUCGCCUGCGUCCAGGAACAGGCUCCGGCCCAAUCAAGUUCGACACCGUCGGGCGGAAUCUCAUUACGAUGGUUCCGACUAUGGGAACGACUCGGACCUUGAAGAAGCGGCCGAUAUUUCCCCCGCAUUAGAAAGCCAAAUGGCAGAUAUCGAAAGCCUCGCUCGGAGGGGUAUCGAGAAUAAUGGCAGUGAGAGUGAUCAUGUUAUUCAGCGGACAAUUCAGGAGCUGCGAGACCUGGGUGGACAGAGCGGGAUUGAAAACAGCGCCAUGCGUCUCAUCACCGCUCACACAUCUAUAACUUCGCAUCUCACACAUCAAACCCGCACAUUACAAUCCCUCAUCCAUCCGCUCCUCUUUUCCCCUUUCCCGCUCCUAUCCGAGGACGCUAUCGACUCUCUCAUGCCCCUCAUCGAUGAAGGCCUGUUGCCGAACCUCCCAUACCCACUCCCCGAACAAUCACAGUCCCGUCGAGACUCUCGGCCAUCGACUCCUCUAACAACUUCCUCCGUCAACCCACUUGUCUCCUUGCAAGCUCUGAUCUCCCAAACUUCUGAUAUCACCCACUCUCUCCGUGGUUUGAGUGACACACUAUAUGAAUCUCGUCAAUUAACUGCCACCGCGUCCCGGCGACUGCGGUCUGCUCGAGAGCUCGUAGCCGAGCUGCGACGCGAGGAAGAAAGCCGUGAAGAAGGUUCGCGGUGGAUCGAAGUUGGCGAGUGGGAUCGCCGGUUGAGGGACCGUGAGGCCAGUCAAGAGUGCAGAGAUGUCGUCAGCGGCUUUGAGGCCGUAUGUGGCGAAUGGCGUGAGAAGCUUUUUGGAGCUGGUGCCGAAGUGGCAGCAGCUUAA